UUUCAUUCAUUGAAAUGACUGCGAGGAGUCAUCAUGCCCCAUUCAUCAAUUUGAAUAUCUCAGCGUUGAUUCGAAUAUAAUUAAUAAUAAAAAUAUACAUAUAAUCCGAAACAACGAAUUAUAUUCGAAUCAACGAAUUAUGAAUUAAUGUUUCAUUGGUUAAUACGUCUUGUGUAAACAAUACUUGUAAAAAAAUAGUUGUUGUUAUCGUUGGUUUCGAAAACAAGUUAUGCAAAUGUCAUGGAAAUAACGUUCCAAUCCACUUUAUAAUUCAAGAAUAUAUUGCGUGAAGGACAGGGGCGUUUGGUGAACCUCGCAGUCACUUGGUGGCGCACUAAUUGUAUCCGAACCAUCCCUGAGCCUUGGAACAGCUGUAGCCGUCGUGACGUGGACUGUCUGUAUCAGCUGUACAUGCUCGGUAGCACCAUGACCAUAAUACGAACUGGGACCAAGAAAACGCUGCCAUGUUUUUCAACGCGACCCGUUCAGCUAUCUUCUUUCGUUUGCUGACUGUGGGGAUGUGACUGGCCUGAGAUGCUCAUGUUAAAGUUUGGAGACAAGGCAGAGCAGAGGAGCUGAGGAGGACUGAGAAGAAUGGGCAGGACCGCCUGGGGCUUCUGGCCAGGCGUCAUUGUUUCUACUGCAUUUCUAUACGGCUCCUUGGCUCUUUUCACGUCAAUUCUACACAAUGUUUUCCUUUUGUACUACGUGGAAACAUUUGUUUCCGUCUACAAGAUCGACAAAAUCUCCUUUUGGGUUGGUGAGACGGUGUUCCUAUUAUGGAACAGUUUCAACGACCCUCUUUUCGGCUGGUUGAGUGACCGCUCCCUAUUGAGCUCUCCUCAAAGUGGCUCCCACGUCACCCCCCCGGAAGUGGUGCUAAAGCGCCUGAAGGCCCUCUCCAUUAGUGGCCCUCUGUUCGCUCUAUCUUUUCUGGCUUUCUGGGUGGCAUGGGCUCGACCUGGCCUGCAGUUCCUGCUGUGCCUCUGUCUGUACGAUGGUUUUCUGACCAUGGUGGACCUUCACCACAGCGCCUUGCUGGCUGACCUAGCCGUGUUUGCCGCUGACCGGACGCGCCUCAACAUCCACUGCUCAGUGUUCAGUGCUCUUGGAUCCUUCUCCGUGUUCCUUUCCUAUUUGUUCUGGGACAAGGAGGAUUUAUACUCAUUCCGGCUGUUCUGUGUCAGCCUGGCUCUGUUUUCCAUCAUUGGUUUCUUUGUGGUCUCAAGACUGCUAAAGACACGGUUUCAGAAAGAAGUUCGCAGCAAGGAAAAUGAGGCCCUAAAGGAACUCAGCGUUGGCCAUGCUCCACACACCCACCCAGACAAACCUGUCACUGUAGGCCAGUACCUCAAACAGCUCUCCAAACACAAGAACUUCAUGUGGUUUGUCUCAAUGAACCUUAUUCAGGUAUUUCAUUGCCACUUCAACAACAACUUCUUCCCUCUGUUUCUGGAGCACCUGCUGUCUGACAACAUCUCUGCCUCUGCCGGCUCUAUUUUAUUGGGCAUCUCUUACAUUGCUCCCCAUCUGAACAACUUAUAUUUCCUGACUUUGUGCCAGCGUCACGGUGUUUACCAAGUUAUCCGCUGGUUAUUUAUGCUCAAACUUGGACUUAGUGUGGCCAUGCUGCUGGCGGGGGUUGACCAUGUGUUCCUGCUGUGCAUCUUCAUCGCUAGUAACCGGGUGUUCACUGAGGGAACAUGCAAGCUGCUGAAGCUGGUGAUAUCAGAUCUGGUGGACGAAGACUACGUUGUGAAUCGGCGUCAACAAGCUACCUCGGCGCUCCUCUUUGGAAUGGUUGCUUUGUUGACUAAACCCGGACAGACAUUUGCUCCUUUAAUCGGCACCUGGCUCUUGUGUGUUUACACGGGUUUUGACGUGUUUGAAAGGGAACCUGCAAAGGCCUCGGUGAUGACACUGCCUGACGCUGCCUCUGGCGCAGAGACGCCGCCUUUACGUCUGGGAUGCUUUUACAUGUUGGUGUUCGUGCCUAUCACCUGUGCCCUGCUCCAGCUGGUUGUUUGGUCUCGUUUCACCCUUCAUGGUCGUAAACUGCAGGGCAUCAAGAACCAGAGGCAAGGAUCUCAGCACGGGCAGUUGAUAGAUGUCAAGGCCAUCUGACCCGGCAGCACAAAGACUUUUUCCGAUAGCCUGGUUUCAGAACAUUACACAAAGAGCUCCGCUCUGCUCAGUGCUACAUUUUGAAACUUAAAACUUGCCUUAUUUUUAUAAACAUGAUAACUUAUAUUCGUAUUUGAAAAGUACUCAACAAAACAAGUCCAAUUAUUUCUAUUUAAGGACCAACAGACACAAUGAAGGCCGGUGUCAAGAAAAGCUGUGAUCUCCACGGUAGUUUGAAGUUAUUUGAAGCUUAGUGUAUUCAGCCCAGCUCUACUUCGGGUUUCUGAAAUGAGAUUGAGAUGUUCUCGCUUCCUUUGUUUGAUUGUUGUUUACAGCUGAGCGACAUGUGAUGUCAAGCUUUGAAAGUGGUGUUGAUGUUCUUGCACAAAACUGCCAUUUGUCUGUUGUACUUCAAACAUUCAAUCUUUUUACUAGCUGCCCAUGUGGUAGUGAUUUUAUUAAAAAGAAAAUAUAUAUUUCACAUUCUUACAAACACGUUUCUAUUUUGUUCUAUUCCCACCACCACUGGCUGGGGGUGAAACUGAACAUAGAAAGAAAUGGCAAGUAACUCGAACUUGGUUUUGGAUGCCAAACAGGGUAAAUACAACCCCUGGCAAAAUGAUGACCAGUCUCAGGGACUGUUCAUUGAGUUUUUAAUUGUGUGGAAAAGAUCAUAGACAAGAUAUAAAACAAAUAUUUUUACAUUUCUGGAAUAGGUAUGGAAGAAAUAAUUGUGGUAGUCAAAGUUGCUUUUUCAGGGUACUGGGUAAAACUGAUAUUACCAAAGAUGACAAGUUGUUCCCAGCUGUGUCUAAUGCGUGGACCGACAGACUCCAUCACAAGGUUAUUAAACACAAGCAUACUUGUUGACCAAGGUGUGAAACCUGAAAGCAACAAGCUUUGUAAAAAGAAAAUGCACAGGAAAACGAAUGGGCAGAAACUUCAGUCAACCACUGUGCCUGAUCUACAACAAAUCAUCAAAAGGAUGUGGGGUUACAGAUACAGAAAAGCCAAACGAAAGCCAUCCUGAACAUCUCAAUAGAAAAGGGUCACAAUGGGCAAAGGAAAAGCACCAUUGGACUGUGGGUGACUGGAUCAAAGUCAUACUCAGUAAUGAAUGGCAAAAUCCGCGUUCGCAAAGUGAUGAUACUGGAACUUUUGUUUGGUGCUGUUCUCUUGAGAUUUAUGAAAAUGACUGCUGGAAGAAAACAUGCCUGUCGUUGGGCAAAAACCGUGAAAACAUUCAUAUAAGGCAGACACAUAUGGUCACUGCCAUGAGCUUCAAUUGGGCCGGCUCUGAAUCCAAUUGACAGUCUGUGGCGGAAGUGGCAGAAGAUGUUCCAACCUGCAAAGCUGAUCUGGCAACAGCAAUCUCCAAAGUGUAAUCAUGGUCGAACUGCACACGUCAAUCCACAUCCAUGGUCCUCUUCUUCCAUGCUUCUCAUGGAUUCAUCUCUUUUGUUGUGCAAUGGAGGAAUGAUACUACAAAUGACUGUGGGGGUCUGUCUGAUGCUGUCUUUGGUUAAAGCGCCUGGAAAGUGAGAGUUCAGUCUGCAACAUGUAUUCAUUGAAUUGUCUUUCAUUUAUCACUUUGAGGCAGAUGACCAAGCAAAUAGGUCUCCUAAGUCAAAUAUGGACGUACAGUAUUUUGAGGUAAUGCACUUAUCCGUCUUCAUAGCUGUGGCAGACAUAUAUGAACCCUAAAAUGUCACCAGUGGUUGACCUCCUUUUGACUGUUUUUCACUCGACGGGUGGCCUUUUACAAAAUCACUCUUCGGAUCGGUUUGGAUCAUUUUGUUGCAACUCCAACUGUUCUAGCUAUUCUGUUGUUGAUAGACUUAUUUGCCUUGAGUUGGUUGUUGUCACAAGACCAAUCCAUUCCAUUGUGGGUUUCGGUUGUUGCACAGAUCUUCUGAAUUUCUUGGCGAAAUGUCUUGAUGAAAUGGAAUUUCAUUUUUCUGUCCAUGGGGACACUUUGGGCCAAGCUGCUGUUUUAAUAAUAUAAGUUUGGCUUCAACUGUCCACCAAAUAUGUGGCUUCUGGAGUUCUGUGGUGUUCUGGCGAACUUCAAAUGUCAACAACUGAUUCCAGACCAUUGGCUUCCUCAGUCAUCUUCCUCAAUUCUUGUAAAGUGUUUGACUUGUACAUACAGCAUAUGUAGGGGGUUCAACACUGAAGUCAUAAGAAUGAUGGUCGGAAAAUAGAUCAUGUCAGGUAAAUUUAAACACCACAACAUGUUGACGGGUGAGACAAACAAAUGACUUGUGUAAUGGUUUAGAGGCGAGGAGGACGCGCUUCUGUGUUUUGACUCUGAAAAAAACAUAAAUCCCAAUGCCAUCCACUGAAUAUACAGUUGGUCAUCAUCACAUGUCCUCCGUAAACUCCUGUGUGUGACUCAGACAACACCAGUUUGAAAGGCAAAACUUCGAAACACCAAACCUGUUUGUGUAACCAAAACUACUUCUUUGUUGUUGGGCUGAUUUUUCCAUCAACACACUGAUUGUUGUCAUGACGUGUUGAAGAUGCAGACAACAAGGGAAACAAUUAUUUGUGUGGAGUGAGUUUAUGCAGGCCGUUUGUCAACAGUUUCAGAUUGUACAGUACUCAAGUUGGACUUAUCACUGAAAUACAUUUUCUACAAUCGUCUCCGGCUGAAACCUCUGAAUACCAACUCUUUUGCACCUGGUCCAAAGAAUUGUUGCCUUCAUCACAGCAUUGUGAGUGAGGAGAGGAGCAGGUCCUCGUCCUUCAUGUGGCUACAAAUGGAUGUAACUGAAUAUUGAACAAAAGGGCAUCGGAGUCAUGUUCUCGUAACAGUCACACAUUUUUGCUUUGUUUUGUUUUACCUUUCAAUGACAAGGAUGUGGCAGGGUUGGCUUUCUAUUUUCUGGAAACCUGCUGAAUGUAGUCCAACCAGUUUUAAUGUUCUUCUUUUAUCCCA